AUGGCUAAAUGGGGUGAAGGAGAUCCGCGAUGGAUUGUUGAGGAACGCCCAGACGCCACUAACGUUAACAACUGGCAUUGGACAGAAAAAAUGCAUGCCAUGGUCAAAAGCAAACUUAAUGCCUUAUUAGUUGGUAUGAUAUUAGAAAAUGAUGUAGCUAAAUGUGAGAUUUCAAAGAUUGAAAGUUGUGAUGGAGAAGCUGUUGCAAAUAAUAGAAAGGGCAAACUCAUAUUCUUUUAUGAGUGGGAUUUGACAUUAAGUUGGAAAGGGCAAUUAAGUGGUACGGCCAAAGAGAUAGAGGGCACAAUAAACAUACCAAAUUUAAGUGAAGAAAAUAGUGUAGCUGAAAUUGAGAUAAAUAUUUCAUUGAAAGAACCUUCUAAUGAAGCAACUAUAGUUAAAGAUUUUCUUUACCACCAAGGGCGUAGUAAAAUCAGAGAUCAGCUAGAAAAAUAUAUAAAGGAUCUAAAAGAAGAAUUUUCAAAAGGCAUGAUUUUGCCCAAAAGAGAUGUUGACAAUUCUUCUAAACCAAAAUUAUUGUCAAAAGAUUCAUUGAAAAAUGUUCACAAUUCAGAAAAUGGUGCAAAAGAUGAUAAAUCAAAAUCUAAAAUAGAUACUACUACUGUUGUAAUGGAUGUAGUAUUCCAGUGUUCUGGUGAAGAUUUUUACAAUGCGCUCACUACACCAGAGCUCGUAUCAGCUUUUACUCAACAAUCUGUUACAUUUCAAGCAAUUAAAGGUGGGAAAUUUCAAUUGUUUGAUGGAAAUAUUACUGGUGAAUUCAUAGAACUUUGCCCUGGCAAAAAAAUUGUUCAAAAUUGGAGAACUAAACAGUGGCCUGAUUGGCUAUACUCUACUGUUACUGUUACUAUUAAUCAACAAGAAGACCACACUAAAGUUAGAGUUGCUCUUGUAGGAGUGCCCAAAAGUGAUGAAGCUAUUACUCGUCAAAAUUGGGAACGAUACUACUUCACACCAAUUAAAAGAACAUUUGGAUACGGGAUGUUAUUAUGA